AUGGCGCCCUACACCUACGACCACCUCCGCCCCAAAGCCAAGUCACGAGACCCCUUCUAUGCCGUUUCCGCCGAUUGGGCCGAUGUCAUACCCAUCCCGCUCAUCGAAGGCGGCCCCCAACCACCGCUCGAACCAGGACAGCCUGAGCCUCCCCCACCAGCACCAGCCCUCGCCACAAUCGCCUACUCCCAACGCUACCUCGAAGCCAUGUCCUACCUCCGGGCCGUGAUGGCAGACAACGAAUUCUCAGAACGCUGUCUGGCGCUGACGGAGGACAUCAUCGAGCAGAACCCGGCACAUUAUACAGUGUGGCUGUACCGGAUGAAGUGCUUGAGGCAGCUAUGGGGCGUGGAUGCGAAAGGGGCGACGUUGGUGUUUGAGGGGGCGGAGGAUGAGGGGAAGGUCGUGGAGGGUGUCAAUAGGGAGUUGGAGUGGCUGGAGAGGAGGAGUGAGCGGAAUUUGAAGAACUAUCAAAUUUGGCACCACCGGCAAUCCCUCCUCACCCUUCUCCCCACCCACCUCCCCCUCCCCGAAACCGAAAUCCCCUUCCUAACCCACAUCCUCUCCUUCGACGCAAAAAACUACCACGUCUGGACCUACCGCCAAUGGCUCUGUCGCCGCUACCAUACCACCCUCCUUACCGACCCCUCCCCCGAACUUCUCUCCCUCGAAGCGCUCAUCAACGAAGACUGCCGCAACAACUCCGCCUGGUCCCACCGAUACUUCGUCGUGUUCGGACAUGAAGAAUUAGCGGAGUUGGAGAAGCCGGAAGGGGAGGCGAAGAGUAGGGUGCGGAAGGAGUUGUUGGAACACAAGAUGCUGGGGGAGGUGGAUGAGGUCGUGUUGCAGCGAGAAUUGAGUUUCACGAGGGGCUGGAUUGAGGCCGCGCCGCAGAAUGCUAGUCCGUGGAACUAUUUGAGGGGGGUGUUGAAGCGGGCGGGGAGGGGGACGGGGACGGAGAGGGAGUUCUGUGAGAGUUUCGUGCGGCCGAAGCGGAAUCCGGGUGUGGAUACUUGGGGUGGUGAGGACAGAAUCGAGGAUGAGGGUCCUCUGGACUAUGAAGGUGAUGGAGUGAGGAGCAGUCAUGCUAUUGAUUGGUUGAGUAUCAUUUACGCAGAGGAAGGAACGGAAGAGGGAAAGGAGAAGGCGAGGGCUUGUCUGAGGGCGUUGGGGAACAAGUGGGACAUCAUCAGGAAGAAUUAUUGGAAUCACCGGAUGAAGAGUAUCUAG